AUGGAUACUCCAAACUCAGCCAAAGGAUACUUCAAAGUAGAUGAUGAAGCUCAAGAAAUGGCCUUGAAGAAAAAGGCGUACAAACGUUUGUUUAUUGUGGUAGCCUCCGUCGUGGUUUUCCUCAGUGUUAUCAUCGGCGCUGCCGUCGCCGUUGCUCGUAGCCAGAGAAACGAUCCACAUGGCUCGUCCCCUAGCUCUACUCCCGAGUUGACUCCAGCUGCUUCGCUCAAGAGCGUGUGCAGCGUCACACGGUUCCCUGAUGCUUGUAUCUCAAGCAUCUCGAAGAUUCCAUCGUCCAACACGACGGAUCCGGUGGUUAUCUUCAGGCUGUCCCUGAAGGUGGUGGUCGACGAGCUCGCUUCGAUCUCCGACUUGCCGAAGAAGCUAGCGGAAGAGACUGACGAUGAGGGGAUCAAAUCAGCCCUUCGUGUUUGUGGUGAGAUGCUAGACGUGGCGAUGGAUAGUGUCAACGAUACUGUCUCCUCCAUGGAGGUUAGAGACGGUAAGAACAUCUUGAACUCUGGUAAGAUAGAAGAUCUCAAGACGUGGCUCACCGCAGCCAUAACGUACUACGAGACAUGUUUCGACACCCUCGCUGAGAUCAGCCCUAACCAGUCAGAGUCCAAGACCUCCAUAGUCUCGAAGAACCUUACAUCCGCUAUGAAAAACUCCACCGAGUUCACCAGCAACAGUCUAGCCAUCGUGGCUAAGAUCCUCUCUACCUUGAGCGACUUUGGUGUCCCGGUUCACAGGAGACGGCUACUGAGUUCAAACUCGUUCCCAUCUUGGGUGAGCCCUAGGACGCGGUGGUUACUUUCGGCGAAGAGUGUAAAGCCUAACGUGAUUGUGGCGGCUGAUGGAUCCGGUGACGUGUGGACGGUUAACGAGGCGGUGGUGAAGAUCCCUAAGAAGUCGAACGCAACGUUUGUUAUAUACGUGAAAGCUGGUACAUAUGUGGAGAAUGUUUUUAUGGAUAAGAACAUGUGGAAUGUUAUGAUCUACGGCGACGGCAAGUCCAAGACGAUUAUUUCCGGUAGCAAGAACUACGGCGUCGACGGGAUUAAAACCUACUAUACGGCUACGUUAGGUGUUCUAGGGAGCGGCUUCAUUAUGAAGGACAUCGGAAUUAUAAACACCGCCGGACCGGAGAAAGGCCAGGCGGUGGCAUUCCGAUCAGGUUCCGACCAUUCAGUCUACUACCAAUGCUCAUUCGACGGUUACCAAGACACUCUCUACCCUCAAGCCAAGCGUCAGUUCUACCGCGACUGCGACGUCACCGGAACAGUCGACUUCAUUUUUGGAAGCGCCGCCGUUGUCUUCCAGGGCUGCAACAUCCGACCGCGUCAGCCGCUUCCUAAGCAGUACAACACAAUCACCGCCCAGGGCAAAAAGGAAGAGAAUCUGCACUCUGGUACCGUGAUACAGGGAUGCACAAUCACGGCCAACGGAAACGUAACCGCUGCGACGUAUCUCGGCCGUCCGUGGAAACCGUACUCCACUACGGUGUUUAUGCAGUCGGAGAUUGGAGCGCUCGUGGGGGCCGCCGGGUGGAUGAGGUGGGAUGCAGGGGUCGACCCGCCGUCGACUAUACUCUAUGGAGAGUAUAAAAAUUCGGGUCCUGGAGCGGGUGUGACCAAGAGAGUUAACUGGGCCGGGUACAAGCCCACUAUGUCUGCUGCAGAGGCAGGGAGGUUUACAGUUGAUGCCUUUAUCAAUGAAGAAGAUUGGUUACCUGCGAUGGGUGUGCCGUAUCAGCCAAGUUUCUUUUGA